CGAGCUCGGUGGGAAAAGAGAGGAUACCCCGCUGGGUCGGCUGGCGGCCUCGGUGUGGGUCCCAACGCCGCAACCCUGCACCGCUCCCGCCUUCGUCCUAGGCUCCGCGGCCUUGGGCACAGCGGAGGCAGAGGAGCUCUGGGCCAUCGUACCUGGAGUAGAGCAGAACAUUUAUUAUGCCUGUGCUCCCUUUGGACUCUUUGGAAAUUGUACACUGACAUCUCCUGGGAUUUAAUCUGGAGUGUGCAGACUGGUGCCUAAAAUGGAAGUAGAUAUUAAUGGAGAAUCCAGAAGUACCCUGGCCACCCUGCCCUUGCCUGUGGCUGAGGCCAGCUCUCCAGGGAAGGCUGAGACGGAGAAACCCCGCUGCUCCAGCACACCCUGCUCCCCUAUGCGGCGAACUGUGUCAGGCUACCAGAUCCUCCACAUGGACUCUAACUUUUUGGUUGGCUUCACAACGGGUGAGGAACUCCUGAAGUUAGCCCAGAAGUGCACAGGAAGUGAAGAGAGUAAGGGAGAAGCCAUGCCUUCCUUGCGUUCUAAACAGCUAGAUGCGGGACUUGCACGUUCCUCUCGUUUGUAUAAAACCAGAAGUAGGUACUACCAGCCAUAUGAGAUUCCAGCUGUCAAUGGCAGGAGGCGAAGGCGGAUGCCCAGCUCAGGAGACAAGUGCACUAAAUCUUUACCUUAUGAACCUUAUAAAGCCCUCCAUGGGCCUCUGCCUCUUUGUCUUCUUAAAGGUAAGAGGGCUCACUCCAAAUCUCUGGACUACCUCAAUCUAGAUAAAAUGAACAUCAAGGAGCCAGCUGACACAGAAGUGCUACAGUACCAGCUUCAACACCUAACCCUCAGAGGGGACCGGGUGUUUGCUAGGAAUAAUACAUGAAUGUCUUGGCAGAAAGUGUAAACCAGUUUAGGUCAGCCUACAGUUGGCUAGAAAAAUCCACUGCUGUACUCUGUACAUGACUCUUCACAUUAUAGAUGGUUAUAUCAGCUAAGUGUUCUUGGAACAUAAAAAUAGUUUGAAUCAAAUUUUGGAUACAAGAAUGAAAUUACAGGUACUUGGGAGAAAAUCAUUCUAGCGCACGCAACUGCAAAAAAACCAGAAUGUUAACUAUUAGUUUGUAUAGCUUUUUAGCUAGAAAAAGGUUUUGGUACAGUAACACCGUCUUUAUGGUUCUGACACUCAAAUCGGGAAUGUAAUUGCUUAGUUGUUGCUGACUUGGUAUGAUUCAUUAGAAAUUUAUAUCUUAAGUACUCAAGUACUUCUUUAAUCUCUGUAUUUUACUAUGAAAUGUAUGUAAUGAUUUGUUUUAUGAAAUUAAGAACUUGAACAUUGCUGAAUUGGACCACUUUUUAUUUUUAAAUAUUGAGUUUAAAUAUUUUAUAACUGGUUUUGCACUGAAAAAAAAAGAAACACUUAACAUUUCAGAUUGACAAGAGAAUAAUCUUUCUUUACUUGCCUCAGUAAUAUUAUUGAGCAAUGAAUUUUUUUAUUUCCGCAUGGAAAGUUAUUGAUCUUCUCUAUGGUUGUAAAAUAUUUCUUUAUAGCGUUAUUAAAAUGUGUCUUACUAAAAUGAAAUUUGGGAUACAAAGUAUUUAUUUUACAAUGAGUAGGGGUGGGGGGAAGCUUUUCCAGAAAGUUUCCAAUAUGAAGUUUUCGUAAGUUGAAAAUGUUUCCUCAGUUCUUAUUUUCUAAUUUAAAAUUCAUCUGGAACUUUACUAUGGAAAGGAUUCUUUUAAUUGUGGAUUAUAGGCAUAAUACUGUUUGCAUCCGAAUGUUCUGUAAGUGAAUGGAACUUUAAUAGAUGAACUCAUGAUUUCUAUAUCGAAUGCUUAAACUAAGUAUGAAAUGAUACCACUCAGCAUGACAUCGGGUCAUUCCAGUUUUAGUUCUGUGUAGCACAAGCACUCAUCGAAAUUCCAGUUUCUAGGAUUAGUGUAUGAGCCUCAAGUACUUCUACAGUUUUAAUGGGUUAAUCCUGGAUUACUUAAAAAUUUAUGUCAAUUGCACUGGUUUAAUUUGUUGCUAAAGGAAUAAUGCCCAGGCUUUAGUAACAAAUGCAGCUCAACUAUUCUUGACUAUAUUUUGAAGGGGGAAAAAAAAAUACAUAUGUAUCUUACUUUUGUAAAAGUUUGUAAAAUUUCCCCCCCCCCUUUUUUUUUUUUACUCUUAAAGGUGCAAUUUAUUACUGAAUUGUCAUUUCUGGCAGCACAGAACUGCUUAUUUUAAAAUUUGUUCUGAGAGCUGUGAGUUUCUUAGGUUAAUAUUAGCAAUCUCACUUAUGAAAUAGAAACACCUUUUAAUUAAUAAGUGGGUCUUUCCAGGUAUAAUUGUGAGUUUUCUUUAGCCAAAAUGAAUGGCAACUCUAUUUAGAGCAGAAUAAGUAUUAGAAAAACCCUAGGAACUCUCUUAAUCAGCAUUUAUUAUACUUUCACUGAGACAAGCCAUGUGAAAGAGCCUUGGGUAAAUUUGCCCAUAUAUUACCAAGUUGAUCAGAUUUCUUGGUAGGCUGGAAAUUUUCGGCUUUUGUAUAUUUCAAAGUAAAUUGCACCUUUGUAACAUAUUGUAUUGACAAAUGAUCACUGAGAUUAACUAUAUCUAUACAGUCAUUAGUUUGACAAGAAAUAGAAUCCUGUCAGAUGCCAAAGAGUUGGGAUUUUUACAUUUAAUGAUUAAACACCGUUAUUUAUUGAUGAUUUACCCUGUGGAAUUGUAUUAUUUCUAACUAUGAAAUAAAAGGGUGAUGUAAACACACAUUGUUUUGUUGUAAUUUAAAUGUGGGCCAACAUCGAUAUUCUAAUUAUUGUCCAAGAUUU